UGGGGGCCCAUUUCGUAUCCCGUAAACGACAGCGUUUCGACUGUUCCGAAAUUUUACGAGAACAGUCAAAAUAAAAGUACACGAGUUCUCGCAGAAAUCGGUAGGAAAAAGAAUCGCUGCAUUCGCUUAUUCCGACUACGCGUAGAAAGCUUAAAGCACAAGAAUGGAAGUGACAGUGUUCACUCCUGCUUUAGAAGGAAUGAAACAUGUCAAGUCUGAAGAAGACGUAAUGCUUACUAAGCCUUUCUUGGAAGUCUGCAAACAAAUAUUACCUGUUAUAGACAAGUUUGGAGCUGCUAUGGCACUUGUAAAAUCAGACAUUGGUGGUAAUAUCACAAGGUUGGAAAACAAGUAUUUGUCCAACCCAUCAGAAUUCAAUCACUUGUACAGCAUGGUACAAGCAGAGAUUGAAGCAAAGACAGCAAAAGCUUCAUCUAGCUGCACCAAUGGUCUUCUUUGGUUAACAAGGGCCAUGGACUUUCUGGUGGAAUUGUUCCGCAACUUACUGGAGCAUCAGGACUGGACUAUGUCACAAGCUUGCAGUGAUUCUUACGGAAAGACACUGAAGAAAUGGCAUGGCUGGCUAGCCAGCUCAAGUUUUACGGUUGCCAUGAAACUCGCUCCUGAUAGGAAGAAAUUCUUGGAUGUCAUAGGGGGCACUGGUGAUGCUAAUCUUGAUAUUGAAAAAUUUUGCACAAACUUCUCUCCAUUUCUCGAAGAGAACCACAAUUUCUUGGCUAGUGUUGGAAUGGAUGACCUGAAAGCUUCUUGAAGAGUGAUACUGAAGAUUUAAAUCGUUGUGUACUACUUUUUUAUUUGGACUUGUUAAAAAGAAGAAUUAACAUAUUAUGAGCAACAAAAAUCAAGCAAUGUUUUCUUGCUGAUCAUGUUUGAAUUAUAAAAAUCAGUGGUCUUAAAGAUUAAUGGACAUGAUUGUCAAGACUGUUCCCAUAGAGAAAAAAAGUACUUAUAUCUCCUGCUCUGUUGGUUAUGUUUUCGUUUUGUAUUUUUAUUCUUUUGAAAAGCAUUGGAUUGAGGAUAAAUUGAGGAUAAAUUUUCCCAUGUUAUAUAUAAACGUUCUUGAUUUUAUCA